CGAGGAGACCAUGCCGGGCAAUGACGAGCCAAAGGAAGACAAGGACGUGGAGAUGGAUGACGCCGAGCCCGAAGCCAACGGCGAAGGUAAGAAAGUCGCGUUUGAGCGCCCACCAGGCUGUUGGUUCUGGCUGGAUAACGCCACUUACACUUCCUCAGAAGCGAAUGGUGAGAGCAAGCGUUCAGAUGAUCAGAAGAUCAGCAAGCCCGGAGAGAGCUUCGAGGGCGAGAACAAGGAGGGUGAGACCAAGAGUGAUCCGGAGAAAGCGCUUAAGGAUUCGCGUGGCGGCAGUGGCUUGAACGCGCUAGACCAUGUUAAGGCAGACGAGAAUGACACGAGCAAGACAGAAAAGGUGGAUAGCAAGGACGAGCCCGCCGAUGGUGGCGCAGCCCAAGAGCCAGCCGUGGAAGAAGACAAGCAGCGCGAGGAGGCCGAGCCAGACAAUCUGCUCGAGAAAGGCGUCAUCUACUUCUUCACUCGUGGCCGUGUCGGCGUGGAUGAGCCGGAAAGCGUCACGGACAUUCAGCGCAGCUACUUCGUCCUCAGGCCUCUACCUCCGGGUGGUAAGAUCACGGACGGCGCGAUCCAAGAUGUCAGCAACAACCGCCUCAUCGCUUUGCCGAAGAAGGUCUGGCCAAAGAGCGGUCGUGACCGGUUCAUGGCAUUCGUCGAGAAAGCAGGGACAUCGAUGGACACGCUCAAGGAGGAGUUCUUCCAAGGCUCGGACUACAGCACCAAGACCACUGGCACGCGCCAUACUCCAGAGGUGACGCCGCUAGGUGAGGGUGUCUAUGCUAUUACCGCCACUGGCAGUGGUCGUACCACCACGCACCUCUCGUACAUGCUCACCAUCCCCCAGGAGCUUGGUGAGGUGCAGAAAGACUUCGGUCUCGCUGAGAAGGGCAGCUUCGUGCUGUCUACUAAAAACCCAGAGUCAUCCUCUCCUGCCAACGCUGCGUUGCCGCAGGGUCCAGGCUACCCAAAGGAGAUCAUGGACGAGUUCGGCAGUCGCGGAUGGCUCCCUACGCGACCGGCUCAUCUUAACUACGCCAACGGGCAGAUUCUACUGAUUGGCGAGUCGAGCGGCAUUGACGCUAUCAAAGAAGACACCAAGGACGGUCAGCAGACGGCCGAAGAGGAGCUUGAGAAGCUGGAGCACGAAGACGAUCUCCGCAUCGAGCAUCUUGCUGGCGACGAGACUAUCUUCGCCGAUCUUGGCAUCUCAUCUAAGGACUACCCGAAGGUCAAGUCGACAUGGUAGAAACAUCGCAAUCGGCAUCGAUUUGCAUCUGCGUCUGCUAUUACUUCUGUAUCACUAUUUUCAUCCAUCUAUGAGGUGGGAUGUACUCUAGCUUGCUUCGGUGGGACAGUCGGCGGCACUGGCACGAAAACGGGACGGCAUGCCGACAGGCCUCGGCGAGCAUCUGUAAUGUGCAAACGGCGACGAGUCACGGGAUGGUGCCAACACUGCGGUUCUCAAAGCAAUAGCUCACACCUUGUGUACCAUACACUUAGCAGAUAGGAUCUACACUGCAACAAUCGUUUGACUGCCGUAUUUCAAUCGAUAAUCGACAUGCGCGACUAUUUUCGGCUCUUCAAGCAUGCUUGCUCGCGCGACUGGAUACGCCCCCGGUAGCCGCGCAGCCUGACACUCGAUAUGAUACCGCAUUGCGCUGUCGUUAGCUUUCACCUGGAGAUUGA